CUAUCAUAGAUCCGAGUAAAACAGCAGGCAAAGCCUUUGACAGAAAUAUAAGGGAAAGACGUGUAUCACUCCCUCAAAAGCAGAGGACUUUCAUCUUUACGCCAUCUGGCUGAUAUGAGUGUAUCUGUUGUAACUGUGCUCGAAUGAACAGUCCGUGGCUGUGCGGCACCAUCUUCCGUGUGGCUGCAGAGCGUCACGGGGAGGUCCUAAUCGGGUUUAGCAGCUGGGAGCAUUUUACCACGUGAUGCGAGGGAUGUUAGAGCAGCCAUCGACGUUUCACCUAAUUCAAGCCCGGGCUCAAACCGCAAAAGGUGAGACAACGAGCCAAAGAGGAACUAGGAUGAAGUAGGUGAAGGCUCUGAAGACUCUGAAGCCUCACCCGGUGUCGUCCGCGCCGCUGCCUCCCAACUCACCCAGGUAGGCUUCAGGCUACACUUGUCUCACCUUGGCGGUUUGCAUCAGACACUGGACGCCAGGCGUUUGUCUUGGGCUGCAGGAGCACAGUGGAGGAGAGGGUCAGAGGCUGAUUACUCCCCCCAUUUGUGUUUGAGGAGGGGGGAGAGGAGGAAAAGGAGGGGGAGGACGAGUUGCUAUAACCACCUGGAGCAUGGGGCAGAAAGUCCCAGGUGGCAUUAAAACCAUUGAUAUGCGAGAUCCGGCGUUCAGUCCCCUCAAGCUGGAGCUGCAGAACCUCAGUCAAACCAAGCCGUCUCGUCUGGACCUGCUGCUGGACAUGCCACCGGCCAGCCUGGACGUCCAGGUCCAGCACUCGUGGAACAAUGAGGACCGCUCCCUCAACGUCUUCGUCAAGGACGACAACAAGCUGGUGUUCCACCGACACCCGGUGGCGCAGAGCACGGACGCCAUCCGCGGGCGCGUGGGUUACACCAGGGGGCUGCACGUGUGGGAGAUCAGCUGGGCCAUGCGGCAGCGGGGCACGCACGCCGUGGUCGGGGUCGCCACCAGCGAUGCGCCGCUGCACUCGGUGGGCUACACGGCUCUGGUGGGAAGCACGGCCGAAUCCUGGGGCUGGGACUUGUGCCGCAGUAAACUCUACCACGACGGCAAGAACCUCCCCGGGAAAACCUACCCGUCCUUCCUCGAGCCGGACGACACCUUCAUCAUCCCAGACUCCCUCUUAGUGGUCCUGGACAUGGAUGAGGGGACUCUGGGUUACAUAGUGGACGGACAUUACCUUGGGGUGGCGUUCAGAGGACUUAAAGGCAGGAAGUUGUACCCCGUGGUGAGCGCCGUGUGGGGACACUGUGAAAUACGAAUCCGGUACAUAAAUGGACUUGAUCCUGAACCCCUCUCUCUGAUGGACCUGUGUAGACGCUCGGUGAGGGUGGCCCUGGGAAGAGACCGCCUGAGUGAAAUCCAUAGACUGCCCCUGCCGGCCUCUCUCAAGAACUACCUGCUCUACCAAUGAUGACGCUGGCGGCCACAUGCUCAGCACACCCUUGUUUGUUUCUCGUCUCUCUCUGGGAUCGUUCUUCGGUUGAACCCGUCUGACAGCAUUACUCCAGCCUUUGGGACUGACUCAGCCUCAUGGGUGAAUUAGCAAGUAGACUUCUUCUGUGGGUGGCUGGACUUGUUUUUUUUUGUUUGUUUUUUUUUUCAUUUUUAUUUUCUUAUCCUGUUUUUAUGACUCAUGCAAUUGUAUUCUCUAACUCCUAUAAAUCAGGAAUCACAGAGCGCUAUGCACUCACUGGUCCAGCUGAUGCCCUUGAUGCAGUGAACCGCCCGUAGUUUGUUGGUUGAUGGGGCAUAAGUGGUCAGUGCCUCUGCUGUGACCUCCACACAUUUUCCGUUUAUGCAUUCCUUUCUUGUAGCCUUUGGAAUUGAGAUGGCGUUGUGCUAAGACAACACUGAGGUGACGAACGCUUGACUUGAAGUGUUGGCGUGGUAGUGUAACGCUGUAAUCUUACCACAAGGUGGCAGCACACUCAAGCCAACAGUGUUUUGUCUCAAAUUGAGCAUUAUAAUCUUGUUUUUAGAAAUGGAUUUUUAAAUAGGUAUUUGCUGCUCACAAGACACACAAAACUAAACGAAAAAGAGAUGGUGACCACUUCAUACAGAGCCUCUAGGGCUGGUUGGCUGAAAGCACUGUGAGGCAUUUAAAGAGCAGCACUGACCACUCACAGCACUGUCAGGUUUCUCUGAUGUGGAAGUGACCCUUCAGACAGCCAACAGGAACAUUUUUCAUUUUUUUAAAAAUUAAGAUAGUCACUGUGAUUAUUUGUAGCAUGCCUCUGCAGGAAACCUGUCAACACACACGUCUUUUUAUCAUUUUGUCACUCCUGCUUUUUUGUAGUGCAGUAGUUUUCAACCACAUGCUGUUGAGGCCCAAGAACGUCUGCACACUCCCAGUCUGUCCAUCAGCUGACCACUGGUUUUUUUCUUCAACCAGUGUUGGCUCUGUACUGGUUGGCAGACUCUUGGGUCCCAGUGGCACAAAGCUGAGAACCAUUGAUGUUGUGUUUUUGUGUUAAUGAGAUGUACGGGGGAGGAUUUGGGGGCGGGGUGGUACGGGGAACGGGCCGUGCGGGUGCCUGAAUUUACAAGCUCUGGUUUUAAAGUACCGUUCUGACAGAAAACGACAAUCUACAAAGUGCUGCACAAAUGUAACAAAAAGAAAAGUUUGCCAACAUUUUGUUGAAUGCCAUAUCAUAGACUUUAGUAUUUUUAAAAUGUGCGGAGGCGGUGCAUAUUCAUUCCGCUGAAUGUGCACGCACUGCGCUACAUCUUACUGUUCCUUGCUUGCAGCUUCCACUUGAUUUAUAUUCCCUGUUGUAGAUUUGUUUGUAAGUAUCUAUUAAAGAUUAUUUCAAAUUACCCACCGUGCUUCGUCAUGCAUGCUGUUGUGAUAUCAGCACAGUAGCUGCCAGUGG